AUGGCUUUCAACUUCCCGCAUUUCAUCCGUUGGAUUCUCUUGGUUGUCGUGAGUGCCGACGACGUGGAAACAGUCCUGGACGCUUGCGCAGCCGAUGGUGGAGACUGUGGGUUGAUGAUGAAGCAGCUGCAUGCUGCGAAGCGGGAUGUCCUGAUUGCCAAGGAUGAGAUCUCCUUCAACUCCACAGUGUCUACUCAAGGCAAUGAGACUGAAUUUCUGUCAUCGUCCGCUGACUCCAACAUCUCCACUUCUGGCUGUGACUGGUCUGGAAGGGACGAGUUCUGCAAAAACUGGGGUGCGUGCGUUUGUGGCAAGGAAGUGUCGGUCACUGACGUUGGUGCCUUGGUCAUCAGCUGUGUUGCAGCCCCUCAUCUUUGCGUUCCAGUAGCAGUGGAGUUGCUGAAAGACGCGGCUGGUACCAGUAUCGCCACAAACCUGGUCAAGCAGAUGCUCGAGGAAAAGAAAGAAGUGCCAUUGCCGGAUGGCACAAGUGCAAAAGCGCGGGUUCUCAGCGGCACUGGCUGCAGGCACUGCCCAUGCAAUCCCUGUCCUGUCGUUGGCACAUUUUGCCAUGACCAGCCGAACAAGCACCAACUCUGUGUGGCCUGGAGCAAGAAUCGCUGA